GCCCAGGAGUCGAUGGAGAGGGAAGAUCUUCCUGUGUAUGCCACCUUCCCAAAGGCUGCCGUGGCCUUUUGUACUGAAGCAGCUGGACUCUUCAUGGCUUCUCCCAGGUUGGAAACCUACUGCUGCCCUAACCGAGAUGCAGCCACACAACUAGUGAUGACCUUCCAGCCCAAAGUCUUCUGUGGAGUCUGCAUUGGCAGCACCUCCGUCAAUCUGCUGCUGACCAUCCUGCAGCUCCUGCCAAAGAAGGGACAGAGCCCCAGGAAGAUGCCCAAAGCCUCCUCCUCCUCCACCAUCCUUCUGCUUAUCUCUGCUUGUGACAUCCUUGGUGGCUUAGGUAUGAUCUUCAGAUCAAGUGUAUGGUUAGGCUUUCCAGGCUUCAUAGCCAACAUUUCUGUGGUGAAUGGGACCGACAUAUGGCCUUCUGCUUUCUGUGUGGGAAGCGCGAUGUGGAUCCAGCUAUUAUAUAGUGCUAGCUUCUGGUGGUUAUUUUGCUAUGCUGUCGAUUCUUACUUGGUGGUAAGAAGAUCGGCUGGACUGAGUACAAUUGUCCUGUACCACAUGAUGACAUGGGGCCUAGCAGUCCUGCUCUGCGUGGAGGGAGUUGCACUGCUUUACUACCCGUCUCUUUCCAGUUGUGAAAAUGGCCUGGAGCAUGCAAUUCCGCAUUAUGUCACAACCUAUGCCCCACUCCUACUAGUGCUGGUGGUCAACCCAAUCCUCUUUAGAAGGACGGUAUCAGCAGUUGCCUCCUUACUGAAAGGGAGACAAGGAAUUUACACAGAGAAUGAAAGACGUCUGGGGACAGAGAUCCAGAUCCGCUUUUUCAAAAUUAUGCUGGUAUUCAUUAUCUGCUGGUCAUCCAAUAUCAUCAAUGAGAGCCUUUUAUUCUAUCUUGAAAUGCAGCCAGAUAUCAAUGAAAUACCCCUGAAAAAUAUUAGAAGUGCUGCACUGAUCUCAUGGAUUAUAAUGGGCGUUCUUAAUCCAAUGCAAGGCUUCCUUUACACAUUAGCUUUCUAUGGCUGGACAGGAUGGAGAGUGGAUCUGAAAUGGCAAAAGAGAGAAAUACCCUGGGAAUCAUUGUCCUCAUCAACCGUGGGUGAAAAUGCUUAUCCCUCACCUGUGAACUACCAAAGCAACAUCCAUGAGUCAAAGAAGAUAUCCACAACUGACAGCCAGCAGACCGAUGAGGCUAUAAGCAUGUUGUCUGAAGGUAACACUAGUGGUGAUGACAGGUUAACCAGGAGCUCUCCCAUCUAUCAGGGUUGGUAAUUUAUAGGUGCAUUUAUCUUACUCCCUGCCCCUCCACCCCGCCCAUUGUCAAGACUGAUAAAAUCACCGCACCACGUGAACCAUUACUUACUCUGGAAUUAGG